AUGUUUACUUGGAGCGAAGAUGUCAAGUCUUUACCAGGACCUGUUGGAGUGAAAUAUGACGAUAGUAUGACUGUUCUGAAAAUACAUUUGGUAGUGAUGGGAAUCAAGGAGAAGACGGCGUUUCGCGCUGCAAAUACCGAUGUACAUCUUAAAUACAACGAAAAUGGCUUAAGUGUAUUGUUGGAAGUGUUCAAAUUAAAUAAAAAGACAAAGCCGCCAGUGAAGACAGUUUUGGAGAAGCGAUUUUUUGAGAUGUCAAAGUGCCCAAAUAAAAUAUUAAGUAUUGAUUAUAAACUAAAGAAAGAUCAGUGUAUAUUAUCUGUUCGCAAAUCUUUGCCCGGUCUUUGGGCUAAUGCUCUAUCUUUAUAG